AUGUAUGACAAAAUUCACCAGAAUGAUGCUGUAGCUGAACCAGAGCUAUGCACACAAAUACCGAAGGAACAGAUAAUUUUCUACCAAGAAUUGAAAGAGGGAGUACAGCCAUUAGUAAUUAUUUACCAGAAUGAAGCACAAAAAAAAAUGAUGAAACUAGCAGAAAAUGUGGUAUUUUUAGAUGCUACAUAUAAAGGAUUAACUGCCUAUGGUUAUUUAUUCUAUGCUCUUGUUGCAAGAGAUGAACAGCAAGACCGGGGCACUCCUAUUUCGUACUGUAUCUCGUCAGAUGAUACUGGCGAAGUUGUCAAAAUAGUUCUGAGAACUCUGAAGACUACGGCUGAAAAUCAUGGAUUUAAUUUCUGUCCAAGGUUUUUCCUGGGCAUGAAAUACCAUUUCCUUGGUGGGUAUGCCAAUAGCCGAGUAGAGGACUUAAUAAUCCUACUCCAUGGAAACGUAACUAUGUUUUAUGACUAUCUAGAUGAACUCGCAAAGAUUGGUCGCCUGAAAAAUAUGGGAGGACAAAGGGAAGACAAAAGUAAAUUGACAGUAGAGAAUAUGAUCAAGGCAGAACUUGAACAAACGGUGCAAUGGACUUCAUCCACAGAAUGCACUGUUCCAUCACAUACAGCAUUUGGGACGAUUUAUAAUGUGGACAUUGUCAAUGUAGUGUGCAAUUGUCCCGCUGCAACAACAAAAGGAAUGUGUAAGCAUGUUCAUUUAGCUGAAUUGAUUGCUUCUAAAAGGAACACCGACCUUAUUGUAGGGCGCAGAUCAGAAGCAAUGGAUGUAUUUUAUGCAGAACAAUAUUUUUUAUGACAGAGAUAACAACCAGGUAGAUGUUUUGUCCAGAUUGGGAAAUGUAUCAGUUGUUAAUUUGACCUCAUUUAAAUGUACAUGUUUUGCCAAUAGCCAUGGUAUACAUUAUGUUUGUGUGAUGGUAGCAAAAAAUGGUAGUUUCAUCACCUGACAUAGUGUCUACCUCAAUUGAUGAAACAAGACAACAAUUACAGGAAGACAAAGAAACAACCGACCAGGCUAUUAAAAGAAAUCAAUAUAUAUGUAAACAAUGAAAAUUUCCUGACAAUUGACGUGAAAAAACGGAGACUAUUUUACAAGUAAUCACAACGGCAUUACAUAUUUGUAAGACAACCAACUUUUCGAAAAUAACAAGAAAGCGGAAGCAAUAACCGCUGUUUUCAAGCAGAAAUUUCAAAAGUUCAAAAACUGACUAUUCAGUAAGCCGAAAAUGUGUUCUGAAAAAAAUGGGGGCGAAAAGUUAAUGAUGAUGGCAAUUUCAAAUCGACCCACAGAAAGAAAGGAUCCAUUCGUAAACCAUUUCAAUGAAAAAAAAAAUGAAAUAUUAUACUGAUUUAGAAAAACUGCUUCUUCAUGAUAUUCAUUCAAAAAUUUUAUAUGUUACAUUGGUGCAUAAAGGCUUUAAAAGUAGGACAUAUACAGUUUGCUCUUGAUAUGUUUUGCAAAGAUACUGAUGUUACCAAAUGUAUAUAAUUUAAUAUAACAAAUACAUAUUCCUAAUGAAGAUUUUGUCAAGCAGAUAAAUUGGCUAAUUAAUACAUUGGACUAGGUCUGUCUGUCUCAAGUAGUUAAUUUGAUUUAAGCAAAUGAUCAAAUAUGUUUUAAGUAAAAAAGAUUUCUCUGCAAAUAUAAGUUAAGACAGCUAUUUUAUUAUUACAGGACAUUUCUUUACCUACAUUAUUUUAUAUAAUGACACUAUUUUAAUUCUUCUAGUUUUAAUAAGAAUCAUUUAAACUAAACAAAGAAAAGACUUUACAAGAAUUUAUUUAAUUGACUUAAAUAUUCUUUUUAAAAUGUUUUAAUAUGUUGGUACUAUAAUGCUUAAUUUAUGUCAUUAAUAACACAAAUUGUAUUCAAUAAUUUCAAAUGUUUCCUAGCUACAAUAAAUUAGAGCAUGUUAAACCGUUGAAAAAUAAAUGAGAAUAGCAAUGUUAUACAUAUCAACAAUAAAACAUAGGACCAAGUCGAAUUGUAAGGCCAAAUUAAUUAGUGAUUUGUACAUCAAUAAUUAUAAGUCAAUUGUUCUACCUAGCUUUCCGAUAAAAAAUGUAGUGUGGAUUGUUUCAAGUUUAUGACUAUUAAGAAGUAGAUUGUAUAUGAUUUUAUAGUUAGUAUUCUAACGAUGCUAUUAAUUUUAAAAUGAUUGAUUGCAUGUCAGUUUGCUUUGAUAAGUUUAUUAUUUAGUACACAGAGAAAUAUAAAACUUGCACAACCUUGAGUUGUUUUUACGUUUUGGUCAGGUUGUUGUCUCUUUGGCAUAUUCCCCGUGUCCACAAAAUCUAUUUUUGAACAGCUGGUAGUAUGUUUGUGUUUGAAUCAUGUUUUUUAAAAUCACUUAUGAUGUGUCAUUUCUCUGUAUAUUAAAAUGAUAACUACACAUUUCCAUUCGCAAUUAACACAAUUGUUCAUUUUCU